GGAAGAGUAAUAGAGUGAAGCUAUGAAAGUGAGCUGUCGGCUUGUUUUGAAUGAGUUACACUUCAUAUUUUUUGAUUAUUAUUAUUUUGAGAUCUGCAAAUGGUUUAAAUCUGAAUGAAAUGGCGUUUCUCUUCAGUUUAAUUGAGUGUUGAUGCAAAACUGCAAAAAGUAGUUUAUCUGUUUAGUGCAUGGAUUAAACGUUAUGGGGAGCUUCGACACUACAACAAGACCCUCGAUCAAGACUACAAGAUGCAAUCCUAUGUUGAACUCUCUGACACCAAUGUAGACAGCGAUUCCUCAGAUGACAGCAAAGAACAUCCACCUUCAUUUGAAGUGCUAGAAAAACAUGAGUUCACCAUAGAAAAGGAACUCGGACAAGGGAUUUCAGGACGAACAUUUCUGGUGAAAAAUACAGAUGGAGAUCUUUUCGUGGUCAAAGAGGUCAACUACAGAGAUAACGUGCCUCUCGACACAGUCAAAAAUGAAGUCAGCAUCCUGAAGAAGCUUCAUCAUGGAUAUAUUGUGGCUUAUGAGGACUCAUUUGAAGAUAUGGAAUCUGGACACUUUUACAUUGUUAUGGAGUACUGUGCCUGGGGAGAUCUUCACAACAAGAUGCAAGCACAGAGAAGUAUCGGGUUUUUUGAAGAACAACAGAUCCUUGACUGGCUGGUUCAGAUUUGUCUGGCUCUGCAGUAUAUCCAUGAGAACAAUGUUCUUCACAGAGAUGUAAAGCCUCAGAAUGUUUUCCUUACUGAAGAUGGAUACAUCAACCUAGGAGAUUUUGGAUGUGCAACUGCACUAAGCAGAGCUGAUGCAUAUGCACAAUCAGUUGUGGGUGCAGACCUCUAUGUCAGCCCAGAAGUUUAUCAACGGAGAUACAAUUCCAAAAGUGAUAUAUGGUCUUUAGGAUGGCUGGCCCAUGACCUGUGCAUGCUGGAUGUGUGGGCUGACUUCAUAGAUCGCCGUCGUCUUCAUGCCAACAGCAUGGCAGGAAUCACCCCUGAAAUCUCAGAUAGGUACUCUGAGGAUCUACAGAAACUUAUCAAACAAAUGCUCAGCCGUAACCCCAAAGAUAGACCGUCAGCUGAUGAGAUUUUAGCAAAAGAAUUCCUGAGAGAGGCAGUAAACAGAAACGAGAGAAUUCCAGAAGUGCUGGAACAAAAGUUCAUGAGUAGCAUCAAGACCUUCGAUGAGGCCUAUACUGCGCACUAUAAAGCCUUUAAAGCCUUAGUUCAUGACUGGGGGAAAACAACUGAUUCACUAGAGGCGAUACAUUAUCGAGCCACAGCAGGCAGUCUGUCAGGAGCGGUGAUUGGGACAGCAGGAGGAAUCACUGCAGUGGUUGGUGCAAUUCUGGCACCUUUCACUUUCGGAGCGUCUCUGAUUGUAGCAGGAGUUGGUAUUGGAGUUGGAGUCCUAGGCGGUGCAACAGGUGCCGCCUCCAACAUUACCAAUACAGUAAAACAAAAAUCACUCCGUCAGAAGAUUGAAAAACUGAAGCAGGAAUAUGAAAGCGUGAGCACACCAAUUCUUGAUUCACUGAAAACAGUGAGGAAGUUGAUGACAAAAAUAAUCAAGUUCCAUGAUUUUGUCCGCAACUCAACGUUUGUUAAUGUACAAAUGUCAUGGAGGUUAGGCAGGACCACAGUAGCCGGUGUCACAGAAUUUAUUACUCUGGGAAUGCUGGCAAGUUUUGGCAGGAUUGCCGUCCAGUCUGCCAAAGCUGUCCGAGCAGUAGCAGCAGCAUCAGGUGUGUUGAGUGGACUCUUGGUUAUUGCUGACGUGGCCUUCAUAGUGAAAGACUCCAGAGAGAUUCACCAGAUGAGACAACAGUGGAAAACAGAUGAUCCAGAAAAGGUCAAAUCCAAUGUGCUCAAGUCGAUUGCACAGAUGAGGAAAACACACAAAGAGCUCUGCACUGUCUUGGAGGAAAUCAAAGAAACCAGACAGGAACUAAAUAAGUAUAUAGAAAAGAUCUGGGAAGAUCAAGAUUUAGAGAGUUCAAACAAUUUAACUUAAGACUAAUUCAGAAUUAUUCCCACUUAGGGAUGGGUAUCGUUGAGGUUUUAACGGUACUA